UAAAAACAAACUUAGUUCUUCUAAUCAAACCCAGACUGAUUCAAAGGACAUACAAAGUGUCGACUAUGGACAUACACAUGUGACAUGCCUCAUUUUGUUAAGCAGCAUGGGAGAUUUCUAUCAGUCUGGAUAUUAUAUGGAUUGCCAGCCAGAAGAGGUAUAUGGCUAUGAUUCAGACUACGCCAGUCCAGAAUACCAUGAUGUUGACGGCCCCUUACCUGAUGAAUAUACCACUCCAGGACCUUAUACUGGACAAGUGUUCCAGCCUGUAGCACAACCCCAGCAAACAGAAUAUGCAGACUCGUAUGAGGAAGAACCGCCACUUUUAGAAGAGUUGGGCAUUAACUUUGACCAUAUCUGGCAGAAGACUUUGACUGUGUUAAAUCCACUGAAGCCGGCUGAUGGCAGUAUUAUGAAUGAGACAGACCUCACUGGCCCUAUUCUCUUCUGCAUUGCCCUGGGAGCCACACUUUUGAUGGCAGGGAAAGCUCACUUUGGAUACGUGUAUGGCAUCAGUGCUCUAGGAUGUGUUGGGAUGUACAUGCUGUUGAACCUGAUGAGUGGCUUCAGCAUAUCCUGUGGAUGUGUGGCAAGUGUGCUAGGAUACUGUCUCCUGCCAAUGGUAGCACUUUCUGCCUUUGCUGUUGUUUAUUCUCUUCAAGGACUCCUGGGCACAUGGUUGGCCUUGUUUGUGAUUGGCUGGUGCAGUCUAUCAGCUUCUAAGAUUUUCAGUUCCACUCUUGACAUGAGUGGGCAACAGCUGCUGGUGGCCUACCCCUGUGCUCUCCUCUAUGGUGUCUUCGCUCUUCUCACUGUCUUCUGAUCAUUCUGUU